AUGUCGCUUCUUUCACGAAGCAAGUUUCCCUUUCCUAAGUUGCAAGUUUUAGAUGUAUCCCAUAAUGAAUUUCUAGGCUCUCUACCUCAAAUAUAUAUCAACAAUUUCAUAGCUUUGAUUGAGCCAGUAGAAAUUGAAGAUUAUGAGUUUCUAAGCCUCACGGGACAUAUACCUUCAUCUCUUGAAAACUUGAGUGAGUUUGAAUCGUUGGACUUGUCAACAAACAAACUGGAUGGAGAAAUUCCAAGUGAAUUGACAAAGUUGAAGUUUCUUGCGAAAUUAAACCUUUCAGUGAACAAUCUUGUUGGAGAAAUACCGCGAUCUAAUCAGUUCUUCAUAUUUGAGAAUGAUUCAUAUAUGGGAAACUUGGGAUUGUGUGGACUUCCGUUGACAAGAAAAUGCAAAGAGGAUGAUGGGAAAUCGAUACAGCUUGCUAAAGAAGAAGAUGAUGAAAAUGGAUUUAUAGAUGGAUUUGGUUGGCGAUAUGUUGUGAUGGGAUAUGGAAGUGGAUUCGUAGUUGGGAUUGGAAUCGGUUACAUGAUAAUAAGAAGUGGAAGGCCAAGAUGGUUGGUUGAAUUCAUUUUCGGGGUUGGUUAUCAAUAUAAGCCCAAGAAGAGAAGCAACCGAGCUGCACCAACACGCAGGGUAACUUGA